UUCUCCCUACAAUAAGAUGCACGAGAGCAAUGAUGCAAAUGACACGAGAGAGUACAACGCGACGGACGUCACCGAGUCCAUUUUGUACACUGUACUGGUGAACGAUCUCACGACAAUCCCCGCAAGCAUGCCAGGUAUAACAAUCUACAACAACGACAACGUCUCCACGACGGCGUACGCGGAGCUGCCACAGGACAGCGAGACUAAUCAACGAUUGUGGAACUUGUCCAGAACCGCCGUGACCUCGCUGUCCGACCCUACGGCGAUACCGUUUAACACAACUGCGAGAAGCACCACGAUAUACGCGUCGACAACCGAGUCCUUCGAUGAAUUUGGACCGCCGGAAGGAGUAGAAUAUAUUUUUGUGCCACUCGGUGUGGUGGUCUCUGUUAUUAUACUAUCAGCUGUGGUAUGGGUGCUGAUCAUUUCGAGAAAGCGCAAGUUGGAGCGUUUGAGGCAUAGGCUCAUGCCAAUGUACAACUUUGAUCCUGGAGAAGAGGAGGAGGAUGACUGGGAGACCGAGCUGCUGGACGAGUGCUACAAUACGCAUCAGAGACGAGUGUCAAGGAUACCAAUCCAUGGAUACUGAAGAAAAUGCAGAGCUAUUCGAUGGUCAUUAAUAGCACAUUUUCGCAUGGCAUUUAUAUCAUUUUUUUCUUCUUCUCAUUAAGCUACAACUAUUGUAGGAUAAAUGCAUUUUUUAUUGUAAUUCUUAUACACACGACGUUCUUCUAAGCUAUACUGGAAUUUACGAUUUUUAGCUGAGAGCUAUAUUUUUUCUUAUACAAAUUCUUAAAGACCAAAGAAUUUUAUAAAAGGAAAAUAGUAUAUAUUUAUUAGAAAUAUAUUUAAUAAUUCCAAUUUUCUUUAGCUACUUUUUAUAGCGUAAUGUCAAAUUAUACACCAAUUAUACAUCAAAUCGAAUUUUUAAUCGUUUUAUGAAAAUUUUAUAUUAUACAAAUGCAAGUUUUCAAAUAUUAGACAAUUAUGU